GAUGCUGGGGGGAAGCCAUCCUGUGACCGGGAGGGGGCACUCCAGGCCUGGGGGAGGGGAUGCCGAGGGGAAGGACGGUGCCCCGGGAGUGAGUCACCGGGGCCUGCGUGGGCCUGAGGCAGAUGCCCGCCUUAACCCGCUCCUGCCUGCGGUCCCCUCAGUAGCAGGCCUGGGGGUGGGGAGCCGGGAUGCCUGAGCCCGGGCACGUGGGGUGCUGCCCCCGGCAUCCUGGGGUGUGGGGCAGGCGGGGGCCGCGGGCGCAGGGGCGGCUGGUGCCGGGUGGGCCGGCGGGGCCGUGGGCAGAAAGGAGUUAACAGGCUGGGGUGUGCCAGGGCUGAGCUCCCUCCAGGAAGUGUUACUCACCGGGAAUGUGACUGCGCCUUCGCUCCCGGCCCUGGAUUCUUAGCUCCAGAGCAAGGAGAGAGGCUCCCAGGGGCCCCCAUGGAGCUCCCCGGGGAAGCCGCCCCCGCCACGGCCGGCGCCCCCGCCAGCCCAGCCAGAGACCCCAUCUACGACAUCCCGGAGGCCGGGGGGCAGCAGGAGGGCCCGUUCCGGGGCCCCGGGCGCCCAGUGAGCCUGCGGGAGCGGCUGCUGAUCACCCAGCCUGUGUGGCUGCAGCUCAGCGCCAACGCCGCCGCCGCCCUCCACGUGCUGCAGAGGGAGCCCCCCGGGACUUUCCUGGUUCGGAAAUCCAACACCCGGCAGUGCAAGGCCCUGUGUGUCCGGCUCCCAGAGGCCCUGGGACCUUCCUUUGUCUCCAGCCACGACAUCCGGGAGAGCCCCGAGGCCGUCUCCCUGGAGGGCUCUGAGCUCCACUUUCCGGACCUGAUCCAGCUCAUCUCCGCCUACUGCCACAGCCGGGACGUCCUGCUCCUCCCCCUCCAGCUGCCCAGGGCCAUCCGCAGAGCCACCACCCACAAGGAGCUGGAGGCCAUCUCUCACCUGGGGAUGGAGUUCUGGAACUCUUCCCUGAACAGCAGGGCCCCCGGGGGCCCGGCAGCCGAGGCCCCCCCGAUUCCCCGCCUGAAGCCCCGGUCCCCCGAGGAGCUGGACCAGGGAACCGGGGGCGCCCUCUGCUUCUUCAACCCCCUGUUCCCCGGGGAUCUGGGCCCGGCCAGGCGCGAGAAGUUCAAGAGGAGCUUCAAGGUCCGGGUGUCCACCGAGACCUCCAGCCCGGCGCCCCCUCGCCCCGUUGCCCCCGUGCGCCCCCCCCGGGGCCCCCCCCAGGGCCCUGCGGGCCCCCACCACCCUGAGGAGGAGAGCCUGGGGCACUGGUCCCGGGAGGCGCCCGCCGUGCCUCCCUCCCUCCUCUCGGAGGUGGACAGCCCCCCAGGCCCCUCGGGAGGAGAGGGGCCCCUGGGGCCCGGCCCCUCCCCGGGCCCGGGCGGGGCGGGCUGCUCCGCCCAGAGCGACGCCUGUGCCUGCUGGCCCGGGAGGCAGGGGCGCGGGCCGUGCCGAGCUGGCCUGGGACACGGAGCUGCCCAGUGGCCAGGACCGCUGACCUGGGGAAAGGGGCCCUGA